GAUUGGGGGAAGAGUGCUACGGCUGUGGUGUCACGACCAGGUCUUCGGAAUCGGGCGUCCGCAUCGAGGUUGUAUCGACGACAUGACGCCAGUGCCAAUGUUGAAGGGCCGUCCAGUGAUAUAAAGAUGAGCUUCCUGGACUACCAUGAAAUCGAUUCUUCAUCCACCAUCGCUCAGCUUUCCAUUGCUCAAGUCGUUCGACAUUCAGUCGCUCCUAAUUCUCCUCAUCGAAAUCCCGCUCAUCCCCGGAUCAAUCCGCAAUGACUUUCAAGAUGCAGCGCAUCAACAUCCUCAACGCGCUGGCGUUGGCAGGCAGCACCUUUGCUCUUCCCGCCCCUGACCCUCAGCUCCUUAGCAUCAACUUGGGUGGUGGAGCAACAGCUACCGUCACAGCCACUGUGACUCUGUCUCCUUCGGUAUGCCUCGCGACCUCCGGAGGUGGUGUGGGAUCCGUUCCCGUCACUCUGGCUCUUCCGAGCACCACCGUGAGGACCAGUCUUCCAGUGACUCUCCCAACGACGACUACAAACUCCGCCGGCGUGGUUGUUACUGGUGGCGUUUCUCUGGGCGCGAGUACCAGCCUUCCGAUCACCGUUGCUCUCCCUAGCACCACUUUGACCACCAGCGUGGGUGCUUCUAUCCCAACCUCCAUCGCAGCCAUCACUGCUAGCCUUCCUGGAGUGAGCGUCGGGGCUGGCGUCAACCCUUCAGGUGUCAGCGUUGGUCUAGGCCUUGGAGGAGGAAGUACGUCCGCUGUUCCGGUCACCGUCUCUCUUCCCUCGACAACUGUCGCUACUAGCCUUCCGGUAACCUUAGCCACCACCCCUAUCCCAACAACAUUGCCCGUCACAGUUGCACUCCCGUCUACUACAGCUACUACCAACGUCGGUCUCACUCUUCCGGCCGUCUCCAUCGGCGCUGGUAUCAACCCAACCUCAGGAGUCAGUGUUGGUCUAGGCCUUGGGGGAGGAAGCACCUCAGCUGUUCCGGUCACCGUCUCGCUUCCUUCGACCACUGUCGCUACUAGCCUUCCGGUGACAUUGGCCACCACCCCUAUCCCAACAACAUUGCCCGUCACAGUUGCACUCCCGUCUACUACAGCUACUACCAACGUCGGUCUCACUCUUCCGGCCGUCUCCAUCGGCGCUGGCGUUAACCCAACUUCAGGAGUGAGCGUUGGUCUAGGCCUUGGAGGAGGAAGUACAUCGGCUCUUCCAGUCACCGUCGCGCUUCCGUCAACGACUGUCGCAACUAGCGUACCAGUGACACUGGCAACUACCCCUAUCCCGACCACUCUCCCGGUCACUGUCGCUCUGCCAUCGACAACUGCAACUGCCAACAUUGGCGUCACCCUUCCAGCCGUUUCCGUCAGUGCUAGCCUUCCUGGGGUUGGUGUUGGUGCUGGAGUUAACCCAACUUCGGGAGUUAGCCUCGGUGUUAGCGUCAACCCAACCACUGCCGUCCCAGUUACAGUUUCGCUCCCGAGCACAACCGUUACGACCAAUCUUGCUGUCACGGGUGCUACGACGCCAAUCCCAACCACUCUUCCGGUCACCGUUGCUCUGCCAUCGACGACUGCAACCACGAACCUUGCCGUGACGAUUCCAAGUGUUAGUGUUGGUGCAGGUGUCGGUGUCGGCUCGACCCCAAGUGUCAGUGUUGGUGCUGGUGUCGGUGUGAGCCCGACGACUGCUCUUCCAAUCACGAUCGCUCUUCCGUCCACCACCGUUGCUACCAACAUUCCGGCCACGCUCGCAACCACACCUCUCCCGACCACUCUCCCAGUCACCGUCGCUCUUCCUACGACUACAUUGACAGCAAGUCUUGGUGUUACACUCCCAGCGGCGACUGCCCCUGCCGCCACUGCAGGCGUCUGCCCACCCUCGACUGCUGGCAUGACAUGCCCUGCCAACUACCAAAUGUCGUGCUGCCCUGCCAGUGGCUCUCUCCUUUCUGCUUGUGUCACGUUAAACUCGAUGACGACUUGUGCCUCUGGCACCGUCCCUCAGUGCUGCGCCAGCAGCAUUCUUGGCAUCAACCUCCCGUGUAUCGCAGUUUCGGCCUCAAUCUAAGUUUGGAAGCAUUGAACGGCGAUGGGAAUUUUACAGCCCGUAGAGACAUCAUGGUCAGGACAGUAGAAGCGAACGGAAUUUCCUAUUUCCGACAAUUAUUGUACUUGACGGGUUGGGAUUAUAUUGGGACAGUGGAUGCGAACGACGCAAUAAUUCUAACUCACGAUCAUUACACUCGACGAUUGGGAUGAGGCUUUCCUUAAUAAUGUACAACAAAAAAUAUCAAUAAUACACUCCUUUACAAUACGAGCCUUGAAGCUCUCUGCUCCUACCGUACUCUUGCUCGCUCCGCAGUUAUCCACAAGGCAGCGAGAAGAAAAUAUGCGA